UAUUUUAAGAGUUCACACUCGCAAGUCUGACUUUUCUAGGCAGUUAAGAGUCCCUGAAACUACAAAAACAAGAGAAACUUCACUGAAAAUGUCCUUCGUCAAAGAAUUGUUGCAACAGGCCGAAUAUAUGGGCAUGGCCGAUUAUCCCCCACCAGUCAAAGGACCAACAGUGACUCAUUGCCAUGCCUUUAAUGCGAGUGCUGAUGUUGCACUAUUGGACAAAGCAAUCAAAGCAAAAGGUGUGGAUGAAAAAACCAUUAUUGAAGUACUGGUGAAGCGGAGCAAUGCUCAGCGUCAGCAAAUCAAAGAGGCUUACCAGAAAACUUCAGGGAAGGCUCUAGAUGCUGAUCUGAAAAGUGUCCUCUCUGGCCACGUUAUAGAUGUGGUCCUGGCCCUGUUAAAAACACCAGCCAAGUAUGAUGCUUACCUGUUGAAAACUGCCAUGAAGGGUCUUGGAACUGAUGAAGACUGUCUGAUCGAGGUCCUAGCAUCCAGGACUAACAAAGAGAUUAAAGAGAUUUUAAAAGUCUACAAUGAUGGAAAAAACAACCUUGAAACAGAUAUUACCUCGGAUACAUCUGAUGACUUCAAAAGGGCACUCCUUUCCCUUUGUAAGGGAAACAGGAGUGAGGACAAUGUUGUGAAGGAAGAUCUUGCUGACAAUGAUGCCAGAGCUCUGUAUGAAGCUGGAGAGAAGAGAAAGGGGACAGAUUGCUUGACUUUCAUCAACAUACUCACCACCAGGAGUGUCCCACAGCUUCGCAAAACAUUUCAGAAAUACCGCAAAUACAGCAAACAUGAUGUGUCACAGGCUCUUGAUCUGGAGCUGAAGGGGGAUAUUGAAAGCUGCCUGACUGCUGUUGUCAAAUGUGUUGGAAACAAACCAGCUUUCUUUGCUGAAAAACUGUACCUGGCAAUGAAGGGAUAUGGAACCAAAGAACAGGUACUGACCAGGAUUAUGGUUAGCAGAUCUGAAAUUGACUUGCAGGACAUCAAAGCUGAAUAUCACAAAAAAUAUGGCAAGACUCUUUACCAGGAAAUUAUGGAUGAAACCAAGGGAGAUUACGAGCAGAUCCUGCUGGCUCUGUGUGGAAGCAAAAACUAAAUUCCUUGCCAGGAUGUAUGUGAGACCUUGCAGUGGAAGAACAAAUAAUAAUCUGCUUUUACAUAUGAAAUAUACACAUCAUAUAACGGUAGAUAAAUAUAUGUAUAACUAUAGAAGUAACUUGUUUGUAGUAAAAUGCUGAUGUAAAAUUGGCUGAGAUUUUCAUCUUUUCUGAGUAGGGUGGUGGUUGUGUGCAAAUAAAGUCAAUGUGCUCCUUAUAAACGUA